AUGCUUGCCUUCGAAACCUCAGUGCCAGUUGCUGGUGUGUCACCAGCCAGCAAGCGGGAUAGACCCCAUGAUGAUCGAACUAGCAAACCCAAAGCUCGAGCAGCCGGACCUUUCAUCACGGACGACUCAGACUCGGAGGAGGAGGAGGACCCGGUAGCCACAGAACAGGAUGCAGCACACGACGAGCCCUCACCCAAGAGGCGAAUGCUCGAGAAACCCGACCAGGACACAGUCUCGCUGGACCUCGAAGCUGAGCGCCGAAAUGCCCAAUUGCCUACCGAGCAUGUAGACUCCCGUGACUCUGGGCCGGCCUGGACGCAAGGGCGCGCACUUUUCCCAAAAUCCUUCCUCGACACGCUGACACCCAGCUCUUAUACCAUCAACACCUGCACGGGCAGGUCGCUACACAUAAAGGAACGCCAGACCUCAGAAGCCCAAUCGUUCGAGCAGAUGGCAGCUGCACGGACAACGACAAAAGAGGGUCGUGCGAAAAGGGCAUACUACGGCAUUGAUAUACACAAUCUCAUGAAGACUGCACAGGCAGAGAUCGACGCCACGCCUGCUGGGCAGCCCACGCCAACGAGCGAGGUUCUCCCAACUGUGGAGGCGGCCCCCAGCAGGAAGAAAUCCAGGAAACAUUUGUUGUGGACGGAGAAAUAUAGGGCGAAGAAUUUCAUGGACCUUUGCGGUGACGACAGCACAAACAGAAACGUCCUGCGGUGGUUGAAAAGAUGGGAUCCCGUGGUCUUCCCUGGCGCAGGUAAAGCAAAACCUGUCAUUGCCAAACGGCCUGGCGCACAGCAGCAGCAACAGCAGGAAGAGGAGAAACCACACAGGAAGAUCCUCAUGCUGACUGGACCACCCGGGCUGGGAAAGACCACGUUGGCGCACGUGUGUGCAAAGCAAGCUGGGUACGAGGUUCUCGAAGUCAAUGCAAGUGACGACCGCAGUCGCGACGUUGUCAAGAAUCGCAUCAGGACCAGUCUGGGGACAGAGAGCGUCAAGACGGUGACCAAUACGAAAACGGGCGGGGCUGGACAGAAGCCUGCCAAGCCGGUUUGCGUUGUCGUCGAUGAGGUAGACGGCGUCGUCACUGGCUCAGGUGGUUCCGGCGAAGGUGGCUUUGUCAAAGCCUUGAUCGACCUUGUGAUGCUGGAUCAGAAAAACACAAACAGCGGGGGCAACUCGGGGGCGUCCCAGGGGCGCAAGAAGAAAAAGGGGGACGACUUUCGACAGAUGCGUCCACUUUCGAACCUGGCAGAAGUCAUCCACGUCGGACGCCCGUCCCUGGACGCUGUGGUCGGUCGUCUGAGAGCCAUCUUCGACAAAGAGGCCAUACCUUGCGACAAGGAUGCCUCGCGCAAGCUCUGUGAGGCAGCAUGGGGCAUGGGAACCGGUGCCGAUGCAAAAAAGGGUGCUCAGAACACCGUCGAGGGGGAUCUCCGUGGUGUCAUGGUCGUUGGUGAAUGGGCUGCGGGACGUUUCCGUGCAGCCAACGCGAGCGGGCAGGACCGUCUGACGCGUCACUGGAUCGAGAGGCACAUUCUGCCCGACCUCGCCAGCGGAGCGGCGGGAGCACGCGGUCUCGGCCGUGGAAGCUCCAAGGACAUUGUCAGUCGCAUCUUCCAAGAGGGAGGUGGAUUUCCCAAACCUGUAGUCAGGAUGGAGGCAACACAUCACAAGCAUGAGCAGCCGACGACAGAACUGGGAUUCGGCGAGCAGCAGAAGAAGUACUCGAUGGAGCGUCUCCGGGAGAUGGUCGAUACGAGUGGCGAGAUUGGGUACAUACUCGCAGAGAUCUUUGCCGAAUACCCCAACCGGGAGUUCAACGACGACAGCUACCUGACGAAACCAAACCAGGCGUACGACUGGCUGCAUUUCCACGACGCUUGUCAGGGGAGGCUGUAUGCCAGUCAAGAGUGGGAGUUGGCGCCGUACUUAGGGCAGCCGGUGCUGGCAUGCCAUCAUUUUUUUGCCUCGCCAAAGAGGCAUAUUGUUGGUCAGGGGUACGACAAGCGCUGGGGCGAGUCGGCGGAGGAGAGCACGGCGGCCCCUGCUCCAUUCUCCGGGCCCAGGGCAGAUUACGAAGCCCACGAAGCAGAAAAGCACAACCGCGCACAGCUACAGGCCAUCCAGGCCCAGCUCACGCCCACGCUGGGCCGUGCAUUCCGCAGCGCUGAGGAUGUGGCCACCGAGUUUCUGCCGUACCUUACAAGGAUUGUCUCGCCCGAGGUGAAGCCCGUCGUAGUGGGUGGCAGCACCGGCUCGACCGCGACCAUUCGCAAGGAAAGUGAAAAGGCAAUGGUGAAGAGAGCAGCAGAGGUCCUCGCUGAGGUUGGCAUUGCUCUGCACAAGGGCAAGGUUGAGGGUGAAGCGCUCAACAGCCGUACACCGCAAUACGUGUAUCGCAUGGAACCCGAUCUCGACGCCCUCUCGGCCUUUGACACAGCUUCAAACCUGCUAUCCUCGCAAGCGCCGGUCCGGUUCGCUGUCCGACAAGUACUGGACCAGGAGUUGCAACGAACACUUGCCCAGCGUGACGCUGCUGCUCGUCAGGCACGCUUCCUGCAAGGCGGAGGGCCCGCUGCCGUGACGCCGAGUCUACCUAUACACAACAAGGAGAACAUGGAUCACAUCAUGAGUGAUGCCAAGGCGGCAACCAUUGUCAAGAAGGAUUUCUUUGGUCGCGUGAUCGAGGCACGCCCGUUGGCCGAGCUGGACAUUAAUGCGCAGAAGAGAGCCAGGAAAGAAGAGAGAAAGGUCUGGGUGACCUACCACGAAGGCAUGAACAAUGCAGUGAGGAAACCAAUGUCUCUGCAGGAGUUCCUCCGGGGUCUGUAG